AGGAAAGCCGAGAGAAAGAACCUUCAGGCCAAGGCACAAGACUUGUCAUUCCAUCCAGGUACUGUCUCUUCAGCUUCCUGCUUCCUUUCUGGAUCUUAUUUUCUUCAUGCUAGAUUGAAGUUCCUCCCAAGAUUUGAACUGCAACUGCAGACGAGGCAACGAAUACAGUACCCUGAACUGAUCCUAGAGAAGAAUACAGAAUACAGAAGAGGCUGCAAAGAUGGCGCAUGGAAGGAAGACUGUGGACCAGGAAAUGGCAGACUUAUUCCAUAACUUUGGGAAGACAGGAGAAAUGGGGAUUACAGCUCUAGAAGAACCCUGGCUCUACAAAAUUUGGGACACCAACCAGAAAUUCCUUUUCCUACAGAAUGGCUUAUUACAAGCAGCUCCACUAAAUUCCAAUUCAGAAGAUCAGGUAAUUGCCGUGGUUCCAAAUCAAAUCCUAGACCAAAGUAAGAGACCUAUCUUUAUGGGCACCAAAGAUGGGAAACACGUUCUGAAUGUGCAGUCAGGUGAUCGACCUCAGCUACAGUUAGCGGGAAAAGAUAUUAUGGGCCUUUAUAAGAACAAGGAGGAAGCCAAGGAGUUCACUUUCUACAACCAGACCAAAGGCAGUGAAGUAACUUGCAGCUUUGAAUCAGCAGCUUCCCCCGGUUGGUUCCUCAGCACUGCUUCUGAGCCAAACAAGCCUCUUGGUUUGAGUCAGGGAGGGGGUUCUGAUAUCACCCUUUUUUAUAUUGAAAGAAAACCUUAACCAGAAUAGCUCAAAGAUGUUACCCUUGCUGAAGAGCAAGCAGUUAAUACCCAUUAGUGUGUCUUUCCUAAUUUAGUCUGAUACCGGCUUUAUAGCUUUUGCUUUAAAAUCUGGGAGAUCGGUGGUGGUUAGGUGAGGUGUGAGUGGACAUGUGGACAGUGACCUGCUUGAACCAAACCCAAAAUAUGGCCCACUUAAGCAAGCAGGAGCAGCAUGUGCCUUGCGCCACAACAUUCCGAGGAAACGUUUACAGCUGAUUAAAGCUGUUGUUGCGAAGGGUUCAGAUUCGUUAUCACAACGAAGGGAGUGAAGGAUAACACCCACGGGAUUGUCACACCUGGCCAGCAAGAGAAUGCUACAAUCAGCUGCAAUUGAUAAUGUAAUUGGUAAUGUAAUCAUUGCAUAUUGGUUCAGUAAAGGAACGCCAGU